CUCGCAGUUCGUAGCCACACUGUGAUACCUCCACGGCCUAAAUAUCAGCAACAAUGACGCAGCAGGCGAACGGCGCCAGCGGCAUCCAGUACCAAUGCAGCAGCUGCAGUACCGGUCACCACAGGGGUCCUUCCCGCCCAUCCGGUCCAAGGGGACCACGAGACUUUGGCAGCUUACCUUCAGCGGGUGCAGGCAUUCAUGGAUGCCGUCGCCACAGCAAAGGCACAGCAAGAGGCAGCAGAAGCAGAACGUCAGCGGCUUGCCCAAGCGGCGGCAUCCCAAGCUCAGUGGACUGCUGAGGCUGACGCAACGGCUCGAGAUAGGCGGAAUGCCGCCAGCACUGAGUCUCUGAUUCAGAAUGAGAGUCAGUGGACAGCACUACUCCAAGGCAUGAUCUUUGUGCCUACGGACGAGCAGGCGGAUUCGACACCGGCGGAGGCAGAAAGGAGUAACCUGGCUAACUUGAUGUUGGGUAUGAUGAGGGCAGUAAUGUGGAACAAUACGAUGCAGAUUGCACAUGCUCAAACUGGACGGCAGCUGAGACAGACUCAGCAGAGAGAAUCUGCAACUUGGACAGCCACCAUCCGCGCAGCAACACAACAUCAGCAACAACUGUUGGCAUCCACUAUCACACGCGUCAACAGCAUCGAGGCUAAGCCCUCAGCAGCGCCAGGCUGCACAACAGACAUAGCGAAGCAGCUCGGCGAGCGCAUCGACCAUGUCGUCACCAUCAUCGGCGACUUGGGUGACUUUACCAGUCCAGCAUCGAUCAGCAGCACGGUGGCCGCCAUCAAGACGGACAUCACCAAACUGUAGUCACGACCGGAAGCCGCCGCGAAGACAUACAAGAUGCCACGCUUCAACAUCGGGAAGUUUGAUGAUUACAACAAAACAGACGCUUUGGC